AUGUCUGUUACCGACAUCCUCAACGGUACUAUCAAGACCGAGGCGGAGUUCGCCGCGGCUCGCUCGACGCUCAGCCUUCCCGUCAUCAAGGCCACAGUCCUCAAGUACCUAGCGGAGGACGAGGGCGUCGGGUCGUGGGCAAGGCUUGCCGGCCUCCAGGCUGCUCGCGACAGCACCCUCAAGGCUCUGAUCGCCUUUGUUGACCCCGAGUCGUCCACCACCAAGUUCGACGACUGCGAGGCCGAGAACCGCAAGGAGGUGGCUAUCGGGACCCUCGAGACGCUCGCCGGUAUUCACACCGCGGCCAAUGACGCCAGUGAGGAGGUAGAGCAGGAAGUUACCGCUCGCUUCCAGUGCUUCGAUGACGACUCCGACCUCGUCAAAGAGCUCAAGGAGGCUGUCACCCAGCCCGCGGCCUCACUCCACGACGACGUCAUCGCUCGCGCUGCUGCCAGCUGCAGCGAAAUCACCAAGAUCCUCGGUCAGUAUGACUCGAGCAAGGACAAGAAUGCUCUGGGUGCCUCCCGUGCCGGUCUCGAGACCACCCUCGGUGCCCUUCAGGAGUACUGUGCCUGCAAGGUCGCUCGAGCCAAGGACAUCGUGCGCAUCAAGUUUAACCACAUUGCGCUCUGCUAUGCUUCGGUGGGCAGCGAGGGUGGCGUGACCAACUUUCUCGAGGUCAUGCGCGAGGGGGCGCUCGCCCAGAACAUUAACGAUCUUCUGGCGGUGACUAACCGCAUCAACGACUAUGUGCCAGGCGGCAACUCGUCUUACACCAAUGGCGGCUUCGUGAACGACGCGUCCCAUGCUGGCUCUCCCGACUGGCCGAGCAUGCAAGCCAAGGACGAGCUGAACGACGACAACAACUCCAAGAAGGCCGCGGCUGAUGGCCAGUCUCAGGAUAGUGCUCCUAACUCGCCGCCUGCCUAA